AUUCAACACUUGCCUCGCUAGCUUCUUGGUGAUUUCCUUCCCUAUCUUUUGCCUUUCAUUAACAUUAUUAUAAAGCAUUACUACAUACAUUUAAGAUUUCAUGGCACAUGACUUUCUCCUGAUAUAAUCUAACGAAACGUUUUUCUUAACUUUAUUUGAACUGCACGUUUCUAAAGAUUUAGGUUACAGUCUUUUUACCAAGUAUAUAAAGCCCCCAAACCUUCUCAUUUUCUUCAUCCAAAUCCACUGAUCACUUCUUCAUCUUGAGUAAUCAUUCUACAUACCAACAAAUCCUUUGCUCUCGAUAAGUAUUCCGAUUUUUUUUAUUUAUAUAAGCAUGGAUAAAUUUUUGUAUUUCUCGAUAGUCCUCCUGAUCACUGUCCAACACACCACUGGUGCUGUCACCAAUCCUGCCUCUCUAAACUUUGUUAAAACUUCAUGCCAAACCACUUUGCACCCUGCUUUAUGUGUCAACAGUCUCUCAAAUUUUGCUAAUUCUAUCCAAGGAAACGAUCAGCAGCUAGCCAAAGCAGCCAUAGCUGUCAGCCUAAACAACGCCAAGUCUGCGGUUGCAUAUCUUUCCAAAAUGUCUGCAACCUCGAAACUAAAACCAAGUGAGUCCCAAGCCCUGAAAGACUGCGUCAGCAGCAUGAAUAUCUGUGUGGCAAGUUUAACUCAGUCAGUUCAGGAGCUCGGUAAGAUGGGUCAGUUUAAGGGCCAAAAUUUUGUUUGGCACAUGAGUAAUGUCCAAACAUGGGUCAGUUCUGCCCUUACAAACCAAAACACGUGUACUGGAGGUUUUUUUGACAGAUCAAUGAAUGGUCAUGUGAAGGAUGCUGUCAAUAAGAAGAUUAGUUCUGUUGCACAAAUCACUAGUAAUGCACUCGCUUUGGUAAAUGGGUUUGCUACGAGGCAUAAACAGGCUACACAUAAGCCUUAAGUGGCAACUCCUGAUAUACUGUCUCGCUAACUUGUAUCUGGUUAAGCGACGGUUUAUAUAUCAUUUUGGUGGUAGGUUGGCCUUCUAGUACUAUUAUAGUGUGCCAUGGGUUUUUGUAUCCUUAAGGAUUGUUUUUGACAGGUCUAUAUGCUACUGGUUAUCAUGUAGAAUAGUCUGUUUCCGUGGAUAAGGCUUUGUCCUGUUCAGGUUUUGUUCACCAUGCAGUUGAUGUAACUUAUACAUAAUACAAUAAAAAUGGCACUUUUAUGAUAACCUUUGUCUUUCUAGAUAAUUUUAGUAAAUGUGUGCUUUUACAUGCAAAUUCGGUCAUGUUUACAUGUUGUAAAAUUUAAAGCCCGGCAUGAUACUUGAUGCUAAACAGUUUAUGCGUUAACCAUAUAAGUAGUUAAUGCAUUGACAAUUUUAACCAACGAACUCAAGUACUCAGAAAUGUUGUUAACAUCCUAGACCUCUUUAUGAUAGAUGCCACGAUCGUAUACAGCUAGGUAUAGUCCUGGAGAUGGCCAGGGAAAAGUUUAGAAACAGUCACGAAUCACGGGAUACCACUUAGGCCAUGUACAUAUGAGUAAAUAAAAGAUAUGCGUCCCCAAGUAACUUGAAUAGGGAAAACCUCAUCCUUUUAUAUAACUUAACAUCUGUAGAAAGUAGCUACUACUUUGUCUUUGGGUUGCUCAUAUACCUGCUACUAUUUUUCAAUCAUUUGUAUCAUUGUUGAACUCAAGUUAUGUGGUUCACCGGGUAUAAUGAUUUUGGUGUUAAGUUGCUCCUAAUUAAGGCUUAUUAGAGAGGCAAUGCAAGUCCCUCUGACAAGCCAUCUUGAUAUUCCUUCCUACAAAGAUUUGCAAGAUAGAUCAUGUUUCUUCUGAUCUCAUAAUCACUUGGCGCCACAUGAAUACGUCCACGAAGGGCUUGUGAAGCGAGAAAAAAAAAAACAAUUUGAAGGCAUUUUUCAUGAACUUUAAGCUUUAGAAAAUAAUUUUGUAAUUAAACUCUAUGAAUUAAUUAAACCUUAUUUUAUGAUUUCUUGGAAGAACUAGGUACGCAUAUUCUUAAGCCAGCAUAAGAGGGAGCUUAUUAAUUGAUUGAAGUCUGUACUUAAUGUCUAGUCUAAUGGUGCCCUGGUGGGCUUGCUGGUUCCCCACAAUUCAUUUUAAACUUA